AUGUCGUUCUCUCUUUCUCUCUCUCUCUCUCGCUUUAUCUCUCUCUCUCUUUAUCUCUCUCUCUCUUUAUCUCUCUCUCUCUUUAUCUCUCUCUCUCUCUCUCUCCUUAUCCACCCCCCAUCACUGUCAACAUAUUUCAAGCCUCCUGAAAUGUUUUCAACACCGGCAACCUCCGCACAGAGAUCAACAGAAGACGUUCGCUGGCUGCAGUUGUCACGAGAGACUAAUGAAGAUGGUGUCGCGAUAUCUCCCGACGCACCGAGCUCACCCAAGUCGUCUCUCCUACUAACAAAUUCCCUGCUAUCUGGGUUUGAGCCAGCAAGAGACAGGGCUGGCUUUCUCCUUCUUUCUUUCUUUCUUUCUUUCUUUCUUUCUUUCUCUAUGUGUAUCUAUUUAUUACAUAGUGUUCGUAUCUAUCUAUCUAUCUAUCUAUCUAUCUAUCUAUCUAUCUAUCUAUCUAUCUAUCUAUCUAUCUAUCUAUCUGUCUGUCUGGCUGACUAUUACAGUCAAUUCGUGUCUAUAUAUCUAUCUAUCUAUCUAUCUAUCUAUAACAGUCUGUUCGUAUCUAUCUAUCUAUCUAUCUAUCUAUAUCUAUUACAGUCUGUUCAUAUCUAUCUAUCUAUCACACUACAGUCUGCUCGUGUCUAUCUAUCUAUUACAGUCUGUUCGUAUCUAUCUAUCUAUCUAUCUAUCUAUCUAUCUAUCUAUCUAUCUAUCUAUCUAUAUCUAUCUAUCCUCUGUCUGUUCCUAUCUAUCUAUCUAUCUAUCUAUCUAUCUAUCUAUUCUCUGUCUGUUCCUAUCUAUCUAUCUAUCUAUCUAUCUAUCUAUCUAUCUAUCUAUCUAUUACAGUCUGUUCGUAUCUAUCUAUCUAUCUAUUACAGUCUGUUUAUAUCUAUCUAUCUAUCUAUCUAUCUAUCUAUCUAUCUAUCUAUCACACUCUGUUCCAUUGAUAUCUAUCUAUUUCUCUCUCUCUCUCUCUCUCUCUCUCUCUCUCUCUCUAUCUAUCUAUCUAUCUAUCUGUCUAUUUAUCUAUCUAUCUAG